CCCUUCUCUCCACGCGCCCAGUCACUUUGUAAAGCCCUAAACCAUUCCCGUACCGUUCCCGAAUUGGCUUCUGCUCCGUUUUGCUGUUGCUCUAUUCGUUAUUAUUCCAAUUAUUCGAACAAGGAAGAGUCGUUGCAAUAUAGAACAGAUCUGAUUGCUACAAGGUUAUGAUCCCUUCAAUAUUCUAGCUGAAAGUGUAUGAGUUGAAUUAUCAUACACUUUGUGCAUAUACAUUGAACAAUGGCAGAAGGAAUAUCGAGCUUUUGGGGCCCUGUAACAUCUGCAGAAUGGUGUGAAAAAAAUUAUGUGUAUUCAUCUUAUAUUGCUGAGUUUUUUAACACCAUAUCAAAUAUCCCAGGCAUUCUUUUGGCACUCGCUGGCCUUAUAAAUGCUUUCAGACAACGGUUCGAGAAGAGGUUUAGUAUACUUCACAUAUCUAAUAUGAUACUUGCCAUUGGAAGUAUGUUAUACCAUGCCACUUUGCAACACAUGCAGCAGCAAGGUGAUGAAACACCAAUGGUUUGGGAAAUGCUGUUGUAUAUCUACAUCCUUUACUCUCCAGAUUGGCACUACCGAAGUACGAUGCCCACCUUCUUGUUCUUUUAUGGAGCUGCAUUUGCAAUUGUCCAUGCAUUGGUUCGUUUAAGAAUGGGUUUCAAGGUACAUUAUGUGAUACUUUGCCUUCUCUGUGUUCCCCGGAUGUACAAGUACUACAUCUACACAAAAGAUGCAUCUGCAAAGCGGCUUGCAAAAUUAUAUUUGGCUACCAUUUUCAUGGGAAGUCUUUGUUGGCUUUUUGAUCGCCUAUUCUGCAACAACAUUUCUCGGUGGUACUUCAACCCCGAGGGACAUGCUUUAUGGCAUGUCUUGAUGGGGUUCAAUUCAUAUUUUGCAAACACUUUCCUGAUGUUUUGUCGUGCUCAGCAGUUGGGUUGGAAUCCAAAAGUUGCCCACUUCAUGGGAUUUUUCCCGUAUGUGAAAAUUCAAAAACCAAAAACCCAGUGAGAGGCGCUGCAAAGCAAAUGGCAUCUUUCCCUUUUCACCUCGUUUGGAGGCAGAUAUAUGGUUUUGGCAGGUUAACAAACAAUAGCAAACACAAUUCUUUUCUCCUGCAUUUUCUAAAUCGUUGUAAAUGAUAGCUGAACAUUUUGACAUCAUUAGUUGGAUUUUUCCAUUUUGGUUGAUUUAAGUUGUAUAAUUAGUGCUUUUGCCCUGAAGAAAAUGUGCGUGGAGGGUACCCUAUUAUUUUCCUGCAUGACAAAGGUUUUCAUUCUGUUUAGCCAAAAAAAUGUAAAUUGCCAUAUUUAUUAUCCUCCCUUCAAUCCUAGUCUGCGAACAAUCUGAUUAUGAGAAGUUUCUGGAAA